UAUUGAAACAGUGAAGCGCAUCAAACAGCGGCGUUACAAGAAAAAAAUUCAGCAAUUACACAAGAGUCCUUCUCGUUGGAUAUAAAAAUCGCAGAGAACUUAUCAAUAUCGUUUUUUUUAUCACUAUAUUGCAUGUUUUGCAUAAUUGCUGCAAUAAAUACAUAAUAAACCGAGAGAGCUUUGCAAAAAAUCGAUGAUUACAGGCUUUUUGCCGUUUGUGGCAAACAUUUGAAGGAAUUUUUAAAAGAGCAUUGCACAAUACAAUUAACUACAAGUAGCGCUGGGCAAAAGCGUAGUCGCAUCAAAAUAUUCAAGCAAGUAAUAGAAAUUGAUGCCUAUUUAACACGGUAAAAGCAAAUUAAUUCCAUAACGUGCCGCGCGUGGAGUGCGGCAGAAGGGAAAAUAUCGAUUUGUAACAUAAAACAUAUAUGUACGUUUGGCAGCCAGCAACAACAAAGCAUAGUGCAGCUAUACGGCAAGCGCGGAUCGGGAACUAACAGCGAAGCCUUGCUACGAGUUGUCACGAAAGGACUAAGCUAAACGGUGAAGUGAACUGGAACGACAAGCAAUUGCAAAAACAAACAAGCAAAUACAGUGAACUUUAGUGUAACUAUUAUUUAUAGUAGAGAAGGCAAUAGUUACAGCUGUUGACAGCUUGGUGAGUGGCGUAUCCAGUGCUUCCGGUAGAGCGUUGACAACGCACGGGUCAUACCGUUACUUAAAGCGAAAAAACACACUGCGGCAGAUAAAGAGUGCGGCAGUUAGAGAGUGCGGAAAUUGCAAAGCAAAACGUGAGCGUGCAAUUGAGAGCAAACCGUUACUGAGCAAGAGCGCACAACUACACUGACAGCUGAAACACUUUGAAGCGCAUCCUUAAACGAAAUAUUUCUUUUUUACUGUUAAUUAGUGUGCAUCAACUAUCCUACAAUUUACUACGACACUUUACGUGUACGCCGCUGUGACAGUACGCGCUGUCGUAUACGUAACCAAUUUGGUAACGCGCUCACCUUGACUCACAUUCACUCAUUAUAAGCAGUGGCUCUGGUACGCUGUACGUCGACUACUUGAACACAUAAAUUCUAUGCCAAAACCAGCAAAAUGUUGCCAUAAAUUGUACGCACACGGGUUAACUUGGCCAAGCGCAAGUUGCAUUUUCGCGCCGAUAUUCUUAAAUUUUUUUUAAAUUGUUACAUUUACAUACAUGCAAAUAAUUGCAAUAAAACAAAAAUAAACACCACGUACUAAAAGUAACUAAAAAUAACGUGAAAAAUCUGUGCCAAAGGCUGCGCCUAAAACCCAUUGCAACAGCAGCUGUAACAGCAACUAUAACAACAACACUAGCAGCAGAUUUACGCCGUUGCCGUUGUUGUUGCUGGUGUCGGUGUCGGCAUCGUACGCUGCUUGGUGCCGUCGCUCGCUUCGUAAGUCAAAGUAAAAAUUCCGCCGACGUUGGUCCUGUCGCAACUAUUCGCUUGCAUCAAAAAAAGCCGAUUUAAACCAAUGCAUUUAGGUUUCAAACGUGCAAAACGCCAAAACCAAAAACGUUUUUCGAUUAGUAAAAAAUGUCUUUGCCCCGAGAAUGGAAUUUUCCGAAUUCACGGGGACCGUUACACGGCACGAGUGAAUCGUACCCAACUGGUGGAGUCCAGCACCAGUCGGGAGGGUUCAUUCGCACAUCCACGGACAGCGAUGGUGACUGUGGCGUUUACAUCACCGAUCGGCAUAAUCAUCACACCGCCACCGAUAUACCACCAUCGCCGCCACCCUCACUUGUCGGCACUUCGUGUGAACUGCCGACAACGGUUGCUUGCUCUCAACCCGCCCCACCAUCAUUGCUCACCGAGUAUCAACAGUCGACUGGUUCGCUCUUCUCAGUCGUGUCGGCGCCACCGGUACCGCUCGCAGAACUUGACGUCAAACAAGUGGAUGCGCUUAAUAGCGGUGGAUUCCACAAGGUCAUGGGGAUCGCUGGAGGUGUUGGUCUGCAAGCUGGUGUCGGCAUGGGUUUAUCAACGAUGGGUGGUAGCGCACAAAAUGCGUACUCAACCACAUCAAUGGAUGCAACAGCUACCGCGGCAGUUAUGGCUGCAGGCGCCACAAUCAAUUGCCCGAUGGACGGUACGGCUACGAUUGCUGGCACCACCACACAUGGCAUACAACGUCGUCCGGCAACGUUGCCCAUUAACAUGCCAUAUUGUCCGGCACCGGUUAGCCGCACUUUGCACUCGAGCCUCUUGGAGCAUCAAAUUGCCGAAAUUGAAGAAGAGGAUAAUGAAAAUCUGUUGACUGUCUCCAGUAUUACAGCGCGUCCAUUAAUCGCCAAAUCGCGUGAGAUACGUUCGAAUCGACAGUUACAGCUGAUCGAACAAUCCGCGAAACGUGGAGCUAAACAAACGCGACGCGCUAAUCUGUCCGCACAUGCCGCCGACGGCAGGUCCGCCGAUACGGAUCAGUGUGUAGCGGGCAAGCGUACAACCUCUGCUUCAUCACGUUCCUCAGUUAAUACUGAUCCACCAGAUGGUGGUUAUGGUUGGCUAAUUGUUUUUGGCGCAUUUUCAGUGCAAUUUUGGGUUGCAGGCUUGGUUAAGUCAUAUGGCGUGCUCUAUGUGGAAAUAAUGGAAACAUUUCCCAGUUCAACGGCAACCGUUGCUUCUUGGAUACCCGCCAUACUAUCAGCACUAUGCUUAGUUUUAGCGCCAGUCUCUAGUGCACUAUGUCAGCGAUUUUCUUGCCGUUCGGUGGUUUUCGUUGGCGGUAUAUUUUGUGCGUUGGGUCUUACGCUUAGCUACUUUGCGACUAGUCUGUUACAUUUGCUCAUCACCUUUGGAGUUUUGACGGGUAUCGGUGGCGGACUGUCUACAACUCCCGGGAUCGUAAUUGUGUCACAGUAUUUUGACAAGCAUCGUGCGCUAGCAAAUGGCAUCUGUGUUUCGGGCACCGCCGCUGGUAGUUUUAUAUUACCGGUGCUUAUAAAACAUCUCGCAGAGAAAUUCGGUUUUCAUGGAACGAUUUUAAUUUUGGGCGGUUGCAUGUUUCAUGUUUGCAUCUCAGCCACACUUUACAGACCUAUAGAGGAUUACAAUAAUGAAAGUGGCAAGUUAAACGAGGAGGAGGAAGAAUCGGCGAAACCGUUGAAUGAUAUCAACCCCAGUACAACGGGUAUGCUUACUGGCUCCACAUACUUGGACACAUGUGAUGCUACGCUCAACAAUAAAUUUAUCGAACAUCUGUUUCUUGAGGAAUCAAAAAAUCGACUUAAUGAUCUAUACUCGGCCAAGCAAAGCGCAAAUGAGAAGCAAAUUGCUGUGGGCCACGAAACUGAUGAUGAUGAAGUAAAGGAUGUUAUUGGUGAGACCACAUUCAUCAAGCCAAUGAAGAAGGUGCGCAGUUCGGGUAUUAUGCAUUCUGUGGAAGAUCUCAGCACCGACUCUACUUGGGUCUAUCGUAAGAAUUCCGGUACGGAUUCAAAUCGCGGUAGUCGACGACGUCGAAACGUGUUUGCGAAUGACGAAAUCAUUUCGAAAAUACAAGCACAUCUGGAGAAACCACUUUCUCCACCGGCUGUGGUGACACGUGGCCUCAGCAAAAGCAUGGAAAUACCCACACCAGUUAGUAAUUUUACUGAUCUGAACAAACGUGGUGAGCUGCAUGAUCUCAGUGGUGCUAUAGUAGCUCAACCACCAAUAGAUGCUGGUGUCAGCGAAGACGAUGACGAUGAUGAUGACGAUGUACCACGCACCUGCUGUGGGCGCAUCGAAAUGUACUUGGACAUUAGUUUAUUGAAAGAUACCACAUUCAUAUUGAUGUGCUUGUCUGUGACAUUGAUGUCGGUCGGUUGUCCUUAUAUGCUUUAUUAUCUUCCGGCACAUGUCAUUUCAAUUGGCAACAACAAAAGUCAGGCCGGUUAUCUAGUCGCCGUGAGUGCGGUAUUGGAUUUAUGUGGACGCUUGGGACUUGGCUGGUUGUCCGAUUUGCAACUUUUCGAUCGCAAAAAAACCUACAUUUUCUGUAUACUGGGCGCCGGCAUAGCCGUACUUACAAUACCGUCUGAGGACACGCUUUAUUUGAUUGGACUCUCCGCUGCUGUUUACGGCUUCUGUUUGGGCAGUUGGUACGUGUUAAUGCCGGUUUUGUUGGCUGAUAUCUUCGGCACGGAUCGUAUUAGUUCCAGCUAUGGUUUGGUACGCAUGUUUCAGAGCAUUGGCGCAAUUUCGGUGCCACCGUUAGCUGGCUUUUUACGCGAUCUUUCUGGUAGCUACGAGAUAUGUUUCUACUGUAUGGGCGCUUGCAUGGUUUUGGGCAGCAUACCGUUACUGGUUUCGGCGCUGCUUGAAAGUCGCGAACGUGAUCCCUUCGAACAACCCGAUGAAAGUGAUGAGAACUCAACAGUAUCUUAAGCGGUUUUGGUGGAUAUUUUUUCUUGACAGCAAUUUUCUUGACUGUUUUAUGAUUUGUGUAGCACAUGGAGUUUAAAAAGUGAUGAAUGUGUCUCCCCGACCUUAUGAUAUUCACUAGUAGUUAUUGAACACUGUUUUGAUGUUGAUUUAGAUUCAAACCAAUGUGUUUUGAAAUUCCUAUUAGAAUGUGUAGCACAUAAUUUACUCAGACAAGUAGUAUAUCUAUCAAUAGUAAUUACAUAUUUACACACAUUAUGUAUUCCAAUAUAUUAGUAUAUACUAAGUUGUUGUGCUAGUAGAUCAUAGAUUUCUGAAACCUUCUCGAACUUUGUCGAAGUUUGCUAACAGAGAUCAUUUGCAUAUUAUCGUAGAUUUUAGGAUAUCUGUUACUGACUCAACUGAAGUAAAACGAAUUUAUUUUGGAAAAAUAAACCUUAAGGCAGUUCACUCAGAAUCGUAAAUAACCAUAACCAUAAACUACUUCUGUUCGAUAACUGCUUUUUCUUUUUGCUUUCAAGGUAUAAAAAUUCAUACUAAAAUAAAAAAAAUUCAAAUUAACACAUUACCUGUUUCUGAGUACAGCGAGAAUGUUUUAAAAUUCAAAAACAUAGGCGCAAUAUGAAGAAGCAUAUUUCUAAGCACGAGUAGCAAAGAGAGUGGAGUGUUUGGCGCCUCACAGUUUCCACUGUCGUUAAAUAUAUUUGGAAAUAUUUGGGUUGAGUUGUGCAUUCUUUUGUAACUCGCCUAUAAAAACAAGUCUAAAAUGAUUUUAUAUAUAUUAUAUUUGUAUUCUAUUCGGUCGUUCACUAAGUAAUUUCGUUAUUUCAUUUUAAAUAUUUCUUUAAUAUAAUAUUAUCUUUUCAUUAAAUACCUUUUGCCAUCUUUCGGACAAGAAACUUAAAAAUUUGUUGCAAAAAAAAAAAUGUCCAAAUCGUUUUUGUCGUCCGGAUUUGAAGCGAAUCUUUUUCAAUCCAAACAAGAAAAAACGUUAACUUCGGUUGCACCGAAGCCAAAUACC